CAUUGGAGGCAAAGAGAAAGAAGAUCGCUAUGCACAUUCUGUGGAGAAAAAAAAGGAGGACAAGGACAAACAAAAGCAUCCUACAGUACAUGCUGAAGACCUAUCAGUCGCACUGCUACCCUGUGGACUUCACAUCUGAUUAUUAAGUGUCGUGGUUUCAGAAAAGAGCUCUAACAAGAGUGGAAUGAUGUUCUCCAAGUUCAAGUGGCUGAUUGUGAUCCAGCUCCUGCUGAAUGAACAGGCUCUUUGCAGAGUGCCACAUCCUUUGGCUCGGAGGAAGAGUCUGCUCCCAGAAACUGACAUCCAUGAAGUUGAAGAAAAGACAACCAAACAGGAUGAUCAGGCUCUCUGGAUUUCCCAACUUAGCACAACACAACAAGAGGAGAGAGCCCAGUCUGCUAAACAUGUCCUAUCAGUUCUCAGGGCAAAGCUUCAGGGGCAGAUUCAAGAUCAUCUCCACAUUCAAGAGAAUGUCAGCUGUGGGGAGCUACUGUCUGCCAGCACUAUGGACGAUCCGUUAUCUUCCACGUUCCCACAGGAGCUUCUGGGUCUCUCUUUAGUGCCCGUGUUGGUGGUGGCAGGCUGCCCACAGGAGGCCCAGAGCCUAGUGCUCAAGCUGUAUGACCUGAUGGGAGUAACUGAUACAGAUGAGCUCCUGAUGGAGGUGGAGGAUCUGAUAAAGAGGAGGAUGAGCAAGUCAACAUCCACACCAGCACCUGUAUCAGCAGCAUCAACCUCAGAGAGGGAUCAAGCAGGGCACCACAUAGAGGCUUUGAUGUUCAACAUUCAGCAACUGGCUGUGGUGGGAGAGGGUAUGAUGGGACAAGGCACCUCUAAGCAGGAAGAGCGUUGUGAGGGUUGGACCAGAGUGAAUGGAACCACACUGGUUGGAACAGCUGUGGACGGAGCCACAGGUGGACUGGAGGAGGCUAUGAACACCUGUGAGAGACUGGGUGUCCUGUGUGCUGGUGUGACCAGCAGUGGACUUAAACCUGGCAAGUAUGAGGCAGUGUUGAAGAAAGGCAGUCGCAUCCUGCCCUCUGAAUCUUCUGAGUCUGAGUGUUGGAUCCAUCAGUGCAGUACCGAGGAUGAUGUUUUGAUCCCUGCUGCUUUAGGUGGACGAAUGAGGCGCAGCACCCAAAGGAGCUGUAUCAACAAAAGUGAGGAGCGCGUAUACAAUGUAAUAGAGUGGAUCCCUGCAGUCAGUACCCUCUACAAUCUCGGCACAGCUGUGUAUUACGCUUCAGUCAACUGCUCAGAAACUGCCAAGGAGCGAGCCAUACUCACUGCUGUUGACCUCAGCACAGAUGCUCUCAUGGUCGCCACAGGGGGGACUGCUGGGGUGGCGGGCUAUGCCCUGGGUGCAGGGGUGAAAAGUGGAGUGAAAGCUGGAGUCAAGUAUCUGCUCAACUCCAUGAAGGGGGAAGACGAUGUGAUGGUGAAUCAGAACAGCUGGGAGGAUGGUGUCAUCACUGUAGACUGAUGCUUAUGUGAAGCUUUGGCAAUAAGUAUAUUUUAGUUUCUACAUGUUUUAAAAUAACGAGAGAGGAUCAAUGUUUGUUAACUGACAUGGUUUCAGAGUAACAAAAUAUUUUAUUAGACUUUAAAUAAUCUAGAUAAUUUGGAAAACAGGAUCACACAUUAUUGUGGAUCAUCAGACUCAGACUGUUUGAAAGGGAAAAAAGCUUUGUCUUUGUUGUGUGUGUGAUUGUGCACACAAACUUCGUUUUACACAAUUUGCACAAUAAUUAUUCUUUCUCAAAAGUGACUUUCAGAGAAAAAGAGAAACAAUUUAAUCUAAAGGCUAUUAAAAUACAAUUAAAGUAUAAAGUGAUUUACAUUACACAUUAAUUGUAAACAGUCACAGUAAUCUAACAAUAAGUAACCUCAGAUAAUAAGCUUUGAAUCUUCUAGAUACAAUAGUUGGACAAUUUAUCAUGUUAAGCAGCAACAUUUAAAGAACAGGUCUCAGGAAACUCAGCCCUUAAAACCCUCAAUACUUUGAUUUUUACCCUCCUUUUUUUCCUUGUGUUCAUGUCAUCCACCACUUUUCCUCCUUCUGUCGGGUCAGAGUCACAUUCCCACCUCUGGUGUAAUUGCAGGGAGAAUAGAUUGUGAACUGAAUUUUGUUGUUUUAUAUGUUCUCCUUUAAAUGUUAAUAAAGUGUAUAUUAAAUCUGUGUGCAUGCAGUAUCUGUCGGUGUGCAGUUUAUAUCCUAAAGAGUAUUAUGCUCUGUAGCUCCCUUCUACAGGUGUAAAGAUGAAUGAAUGUGCACAAGAUUUUAUUAUGGAGCAGCAAGGUGUAUCAGUGGAUAAACGCUGUCAUCUCACAUAAAGAGAAAGAAUAAACCUUUUCAACAGAG